UUGUGCUUCCUCUGUGCGAGAGGCUUCUCACUGUGUGCUUCCCCUUCAGAGGAGCUGUGAGUUUGGCCGAGUGGCUCGGUGCUCCGCUCACCCCUCUGCGGAGCGCCGUCUCUCCUCCGAGGGGAGGAACAGGCUGUCGGUCUGUGGGAGAGGCUGUCGGUCUGUGGGAGAGGCUGUUGGUCUGUGGGAGAGGCUGCUCAGCUGUCAGUAGACGCAGGAAACAGAAGCUGCACCAGGCUCUGAAUCCGCCUGAGCGCUGGGUCUGUGAGGACUCUCGAUGGGGCUGAGGAAUGAACUCAUAUUCAUACGCAUUACCCGUCACUGAGGAACCCCGCACUUCAACUAAGGCCCUGCAGUGUGGCAGUGAAGGGGGUCCUGCCCAGGAGCCCCCGGCCAUGGCUCCAGACUACCCCUCCCAGGAGAGGCUGAUCCUGUGCCUCACCCUGCCCCUCUCCACGGUCAUCAUCCUGGCAAACCUGCUCAUCAUCCUGGGCAUCGCCAGCAACCGGCAGCUCCACAACACCCCCAACUACUUCUUCCUGAGCCUGCUAGUGGCGGCGGUGUUCACGGGCGUGGCGCUGCCCUUCAUCCCGCGCAUGGUGCUGAGCCGCGCCCUGGCCUGGCGCUCCUGCCUCCUGGUGCACACCUUCCCCAACUUCCUGUUCCUGUCCUUCCUGUUCAACCUGGUCAUGGUGCACUACGAGCGCUACCUGUGCAUCGCCCGGCCCCUGCACCACAGCCAGUUCUGGGUGCACCGCUGCUUCCCGCUGGCACUGCUGGCCGUCUGGGGCCCGCCCCUGCUGUAUGCCUCCCUCCCCGCCUUCGGCUGGAACAACCGGGGCGUGGCCCCCAACGCCAGCACCCCGGGCAACGGCUCGGCCCCCGCGGCAGGCAACGGCUCGGCCCCCGCGGCGGGCGGGGAGGAGUGCUCGUACCGCCUGGUGUUCCCCGACGCCUUCAUCUACCUGGAGGUGUACGGGCUGCUGCUGCCCGCCAUCCUGGGCAUCGCGUGCAUGACGGGGCGCGUGCUGUGGAUCGCGCGGGCGCAGGUGCGGGACCUGUGCAAGCUGCGCCGCUCGGUGGAGAGAGCGCAGGCCGUCCCGGCCGAGCACCGGCUCAACCUGCGCUACGCCAGGUGCGUGGCGGCGGUGUCGCUGGUGUUCGUGGCCUGCUGGGUGCCCUACAUCGUGUACCUGCACGUGUCCGUGGCCCUGCUGAGGCGGGAGCGGCCCGGCGGCUCCUCCAGCACGCACAUCAUCCUCUCCUGCGUGGGCAUCGGCAGCACCGCCGUCAUCCCCGUGGUGCUGGGCCUGGCCAACCGGCAGUACACCGACCCUGCCCGCCGGCUGCUGCAGGCGCUGAGGGCCGGCUGGGCACGGCAGGAACCCGGCGACAUCGCCCUCUGAGCCCGACCCGGACCCUAGACCGGACCCUAGACCGGACCCGCCACCCGGACCAGACCUGGAGCGAAGAGACCCUCGAGCGGGUCAUGUUGAGAGAAGGUGUUGUCAUUGCAGUCGGCUCCAGUGUAGGUCAUUCAGACCUGUUUUCAGUGUGAAGUCGAUGGUACAGUUGCCAUAAAAAUGCAAAGUCAAUCACUUUUUCCCUCAAGAAUGCCUCCCCAUGUGCAGAUUUUCUUUAAGUUACUGUAUUUGACCAAUACAGUGAUACUUUGUGGAUGAAUCCGGGACAGAUUGCAUCACUCUCUCUCACACGCUUUGGCUUUAAAUCGUACAACAUGGCAGCGCCGGUAAACUUGAAACUUCAGAACACUUUUCACGAGCCCAUGGGCAGUCAGUGGGUGAUGUAACAGGAGCCUGGUCUGUGCUCCCGAGCAAUUCUGUGCCCAUUUCACCCCUCUUGGUCUCUUCUGAAAGGUAACCCUUUGGAGUUUGUUUUCCAAGUCACUUGGUGUGACACGUAAUUACUCCAAGUCUUACUAAAUUAAAUUUACAGAGUGGAAGUGGAAGACUUUUCAGGCAACAUGGGGAUAAUUAGCAAAAAAAUCUGUAACUGUCCUGUUCUGGCUUAAUACAACGCUACCCAACUUCAACUCACUGCAGGUGGCAGUGUCUGCAGGCAUUUGCUCGUACCGUGCCCUACACCACCUGAUUUCAUUAAUUAAUUUACACUGCGGCCCGCAGGAUUUGGAGUUCAGUAGCGCUGCAGACACUGUGGCCCUCAGGACAUGGAGUUCAGUAGCGCUGGCUUAAUAUGAAGCCGUGUUUUUUCGUGAUAAUCCAAUGAUAAUCCAACACUUGUUCUUCAGGGUGUAUUACGAAAGAUGUUUCAGGACUCUUCCAAGUGACAGUAUUUAUAGCAGGGGUGAGCAGCUCUCGGAGGUCCAGUGAUUAUUCCAGGCUUGGCUUUAACAGCUCUGUCCUUCGCUCCAGAAUCGCACGGGAGUUAAACAUUCUCACUACGGAUACAUGGGCAGGCUGCUACUGUAGCUCAGUUUUAUGGGAAACGUCAGGCCUAAUAAAGGAUUGGGCCAAUUAAACAAAACACGAGUGGGCUUGUAGGCCCAUACUUCGGGGCCUUGACUUCACUGCUUUUGACAUGAAGGUAUCGCACUGUAAUCCUCCUGCAGUUUUAAAAACUGAAAACAAGUUUUGGAGGUGAUAACAAAUUACUUUUUAUAAAUGUCACAAUGGAAAUAGUCAUAAUGGUCCUGAAAUAAUAAAAUAUAGUUAUUCAGAAAUGUACUAUUCAGUCAGUUUCUCACUUCUCCUCUCCUGAUAUGUGAACCGGCAGAGGGAGUCAGUCAGAUUUUGAGAGGAUGGAUGGAUUUCACAACGUGAGUGACCUUUCAAAUGUGGCAAAACAGCUCACUUCCUGUUCAUUUCCAGACCAUUAUGUGCAACAUCUUUAGUUUUAGCUUGGCAUAAACACAACCAGAGAAACUAGCCACUUGGGUCCAGUUAAAAUGGCAGACAUUCUCAACUGAACAGAUGUCACCACUUCCUGUUUACACGGUGUGAGUGACGUCUGUCUUACGGUAGCAUCCGGAAUACACCAAACGACCAGCUUUCAAAUCGGAAAAGACUAAAAACGUUUAGCCAGAAACAGUGACAUUAGUUUAGUGUUGUUGAACAUAAUGUUUAAUGGUGGAUGGCAGCAGCUAUAAUGUGAAAAGAACUGCAUUCUUUGGCGUGUGUGUGUGUGUGUGUGUGUGUGUGUGUGUGUGUGUGUGUGUGAGAGUGAGUGAGGGAGUGUGUGUGUGUGUGCAGGAGGGUUAUAGGAAGGAAGUUUGUACUUGCACUGUGCAGCCUGCAGAUAUGGUGAUUCGAUGAGCAAUUCUAAUAUUUAACCACUGAAGAGAAAGUUAUUUCAUGACUGAAUAUUACAAAUGCACUACUGUACCAUAUCCUCAUAGAACCUGCCAAUUAAUUUCUGUCCCCUGCAGAGGACACGGGUCCCUGGUCGUUAUAUCAAUAACCAUAUAUUCUACUAUGCUGAAACAUAGACUACAAUGAACAUUCAAUAAAAUAAAUGUGAUUUCAAAAGAUUUAUUCAAAACUACAUGGUUCUUAAACAUGCAACAUACUUCAGUAUGUCAAUGCAAUUUUAAAAGCUUAACCCUCAUUAUGUUUGGGGUCAAUUUGAUGCUGUAUGAUUUAUUUUUAAUUUUUGAGGGAUUAAACAAUAAACAUGUAAUGCUGUCUUCAAAAGUCCUGUACCAACUUUGUAUACUUUGCAACAUUCUGACCCAAGGCUCUUUAGCUAUAUAAAAUGUAUGAAAAGAUACUGCAGUAUAUUUCCAAUACAGGUUUCAAACUUUCAGUUACAUCAGACUCGAAGUCAAUCUGGUGUUGACUCUUGUUUUCCCAUGACUUUUAUAUCAUUGAAGCUGUGCACUUAACCAUGAAUUGAGCUAUUUCUUCUCUUUAGUUCUACCUUGCAAUUGACAGUGGAUUUUAUUUGUGAGGAAAAGAUGGGUUAAGACCGGUUAUUGGCUGUUGGAGGCGUCCCCAUGUCCCAGACAGACAUAAACACAACAAAGCUUACGGACCAUAAAAUAAAAGCCAAUUUGAAAUGAAAAA